ACGUGAGGCCGACUGUCGUGAUCUGCCUUAGCCGCAGCUCGGAGCGUUACGCGGCUUCUGCACUGAAAUCAAAUUUGAAAACGCUGCUGCAGAAAACAACAUGGCAGACGAGGAGAACCUACCGCCCGGAUGGGAGAAAAGAAUGAGCCGCAGUUCAGGCAAGGUGUACUACUUCAACCACAUCACUAAUGCCAGCCAGUGGGAACGUCCGGUGGGAGACGGCCGUGGAGAGCCAGAUAAGGUACGCUGCUCUCACCUCUUGGUGAAGCAUAAUCAGUCGCGUCGUCCAUCUUCCUGGCGAGAACAAAACAUUACGCGAUCUAAAGAUGAGGCCUUGGAGCUCAUUCAGAAGUACAUAGAACAGAUCAAGUCUGGACAGGAGAAGUUUGAGUCCCUGGCUUCUCAGUUCAGCGACUGCAGCUCAGCUAAGAACGGUGGAGAUCUGGGACUGUUCGGCAGAGGUCAGAUGCAGAAGCCUUUUGAAGACGCCUCCUUUGCUCUCAAAGUGGGAGACAUGAGCGGCCCUGUUUUUACUGACUCUGGAGUCCACAUCAUCCUACGCACUGGCUGACAGGAAGACUCCGCAUGUUGUGCUUUCCUCUUCCAUCAUCUCACACACACACACACACACACACAUAUAUAAAAAGUCUAACCCAAUCAACCCUGCAGUUUAUUUUAAUGACACACACCACCCUAGUAAACAAAGCUUAAAGCCUGCAUUGCAUCAUUUUAGGUGGGGAUCCGUUUGUUCUAAGCACCAUCAAACAUGUAAUCAAUUUACAAAAUUGUCUGGAAAUCCAAAAACGUAUUUCAGAUUAUUCUUUAAGACCUCAAGCUUUUAUUAACCAUGACUGUGCCUGUUGAAGUGACUGCCCAGUUUCACAUGAGUGAGGGUCAAUUAAAAAAGUUGUCUUCUUGGUAUGUGCAUGACUUCUAAAGGACCACUUACUGUAUGUUUUCCAGUUCUACUGUAUGUGUGCCGAAGCAGCUCCUUACUGUUUUGGAAAAUGGGUUGAAAUACUUUCUAAUUAUAGCAGCAUCCCUGCAGAUGGAGAACACACUGUUAUUUUGAGUUCACUAGAUUUCAUUUUUCUGUCUUUUCCAUUAUUCAGCAACAUAGAAUUAUUUCUUUUCAUCAUCUACUUUGAAAAAAAAAUGCAUGUUUUCUCUUUUGGAUAUGCCUUGAUGGCACCCUUGAAAGCUUGCAGGUUUUAACAAUAAGCUCCACAGCUUUUAAAAACAUCAACGUUCAGGUGAACUGUUAACACUGUUGUGUCAUUGAGGCAGAAAUAAAAGUUUUUUUGUAA